GGUAAGGAUGCACGUCUCGAAUUCUCGCGUCGGCUUUGAAACGCGCCAGCGCGUAUCCGAACGCAACUAAAAUAAUGCAUUCCAAAUUCGAAUCUUUUUGAAAAUAUUUUAAAAAGUGUUUGAUUCUUUUUCCUGUGACUGGUUUUAUUGUGGUGAUACAUAACAUUUUGUGGAAUAGUUUUUUGCCUACGUUUUUAAUAACAGUGAAAAGUGAGUGAAACUUUGAUAUAAAAAAUUAAAAAGGAAAUCAUUUAAUAGUGCUCCUGAUGAAUUCCUGAUUUCCCGAAUGCGUGCGAAUGGUGUGAGUGGUUGCGUAUUGUGCGCGACUAGUACACUAGAUGCGAAUUGUGGCGAUCUGCUCGACCAAUGAGAAGGCGGCGAGGGAGUAUGGAUGGACCAUAGGAUGCGCGUCACUUCGGCGCUCAUAUAUUUAUUGCUGCUGUACUUCGCACAUGUCCACACAUUUAUUCCAGGAGUUGACGGCCCAGUGUCCCACCAGGAGGCUCUCGAGGGAGGCAACACGACCCUGCUCUGUAACACGUCGGUCGACUCCUCAGCCGACGAGUUCAUGCUCCUAGUUUGGUACAAGAAUAACGCACCAAUAUUCAGUUACGACGCCCGGGACGACAGGGAGUGGUCCAGUGAGACCUUCAAUAGUAAUGGUAGAUUAAGGGCUGAUGUGCAGUCCCAGCCCACUACCCUCAACGUGUCAGCCCUGAGACAGGACGACCAGGCCUUGUUCCAUUGCCGAGUGGACUUCCUCGUCUCCCCGACCAGAAAUAUUGGAGUCAAUCUGACUGUUAUCGUGUUACCGGGCCAGCCAUUUUUCCUGGACGAAUUGGGCAAUAAGGUGGAAAACCACAUCAGGCCGUACCACGAGGGAGACACCUUGGUUCUCAGCUGUCUAGUUAUUGGAGGCCGGCCGCCGCCCCGGAUCAGCUGGUACUCCGGGGAGACCCUGGUGGACGCUUCAGACGGCUCCAGCGACAUCCCCAACGUGAGGGAGAACAUGCUAUACCUCCCUCUCACUCGGGAGAACGCUGCCGACCUUUCUUGCAGGGCCUCCAAUACUAAACUCGCGCAGCCUUUGAUUAGGAAGCUGCAGAUUGAAUUGUACUUGUCCGCCUACAACGUGUCUAUCCACUGGGUGGGGGGCACGGACGGCGAGACGUUGACAGCGGGGAAGCCAGCCAUUGUUCAGUGUACUGCAUAUGACUCCUACCCACAGCCAGAGCUGUCCUGGUGGCUUGAUCAUAAGCAUCUGACGCAGCAUAGCAAUCAGACGUGGAACAGUAGGAUCCGUAAAUCGGUAUCGUUCCUAGAGCUGACUCCCUCUGUGCUUGACAAUGGUGCUACCCUCGCGUGCGUAGCCACCAACCCCGCCAUGGCUCCGAGCAGGGGCUCCAAGGCUGACGUCAUCAAGCUCAACGUUACUUAUAGUCCAAUAGUGGAAAUAUCGAGGGUCGGUGAAGGCAGCUUGAACAGCGUGGUUGAGCUCGACAGCUUGCACUUGGAGUGCGAGGUCAAGGCCAACCCCCCUGUUAGCAGAUUCAGAUGGUAUUUUAAUGAUAAUAAAAUAAUCUCCGGGAACAUGUGGGGUGACGAGACCUACUCUUCAAAGUUGGUGAUCGACGAGAUGUCCAAGAACCAUGCGGGAGUGUACUCCUGCGCAGCCAGCAACUCCGUGGGGGAGACCAGGGCCGAACCCGUCACCAUCACUGUUUAUUAUCCCCCAGAAUGCGCAGGCGCCGGCAUCAGUCUGAUAAAAGAGACGAUAAAGUGCAACGUGAAGGCUCUGCCUAGCCCGGACACAUUCUUCUGGCACGUCCAGCCAACUGGUCUAGAUGUACAGCACCUAACUACGGGAUCGCCAAUUCUGCCUUUAAGUCAAGUCACCGGACCACUUUCAGGCACAAUAAAAGUGAGUUGCGAAGCCAGCAACGGUAUAUCGAGCCAGUACGAGGCCUGCCAACGGACCUUCAGCCUGGAACGGCUGAGGCCACCACAGCCGAGGCAGUGUGACCUGGCCCACGAGUACGGGGAGUUUCAAAUGAGGUGCAUUCCUGUUGAAAAUGCAACAUAUUACGAAGUGUCAGUAUGGCGGCUGUCCACUUCAAACUCCUCACUAGUUUUGGACCGUCGUGGGUCCAUGGGGUUUGGGGCGAGACAGGAGCCCCUAGCUCAGGGCAUCGAAAAAGGAGUCUCUCUGACCCCACAAGGUUCAUGGCUUGUCCGCGGGUCGCUGGGGGGGCUGCGGCCGACGGACGAGGCGGGGGCCGCCGCCUGCAACCGCUACGGGUGCUCCGCCCCGCUGCUGCUGAGGCUCGAGCCCGGGGAACCCCCGUGGUGGCAUUUUAUCCUAGAACGCGAUGUGGGCAUAUCCGUGGUGGCGGUGGUGCUGGUGCUGGCGCUGGCGGCGUGCUGCGCGCUGGCCGUGCGCGCGCUGCGCCGCCCGCGCGCCAAGCCCGCGCCCGUCAUACAGCUGCUGCAGCUCGAUGACGUCACCAGGAACUAUUUGGGCACUAUGUCUGAACACAAAGUCCGCGCUUCAAGCAGCAUUCGUUCUUGCAGCAGCGGAUAUUCCGAACGGUCCGCCUUCGAAGAUACCGCACUAGCGCCGCCUGUCGACAGGCGACGGAAGCCGCCCGCAAUCUGGCGAGACAGUUGGGACGCGCCGCCGCCAGAUGUCACCCUAACGCUGCAUAGGGAAAGCGCUGUGUGAAACUCCGGGAAUUUCUAGCCAAUUUUACAUUUAUUUCGUAGAUGGGGUGCGUAGGUGACUUUAUUUACAAUAGAUGGCGCUGGGCAUUCUGCCUCUGCCAGCUUUAAUUUUUUCCCCUUCCUUAUUUUAAUCUCAAACAAAAUAUCUAAAGCUACAGGAUUGCCAAAAAAAUACAGUAACAUGUAUCAUUUUCAAUGCAUUGUCAGGUUACUACAUCUUUGUUAUUUUUACGUUUUCAAAUAAAAAUCCUAUCCAUCCUACCACCUCCAGUGACACAGCUUUAAUUUUGCAUUUUAGCGCAUAGCGCUAUCAUUUAAAUCAAUUACAUGAAUAUAUCAAUGUAGUAUUAUAAUAGAAAAUGCAUCUUUGUCAGAUGAAAGGUAUUUGUUAGCAUUUAAGAACAAUUACUCACUGUUAAAUAAGUAAAUUAAUUAAUUCAAAGAUGAUAUAUUUGUAAGAAGAUCUGUUCAAUUUGACUCUUCUGCAUUUGGGUGCUGUUGACUAGAAAAACAUUUGCCAAGAUUGUGUUUAAAUAAAGAGACUUAAAUAAUUAAUAUAAGUUUAUUGUAUAGGCUUAUCGUUUAGUUUCAUAAAAUUAAAAAA